AUGAAGUUUCAAGCCUCAGAACUUCCCAUAGGAAAGCCUCAUCAUCAAGCAAGAAAAAAAACAUCAAAACUCGCUCCUCUCAUAGCCCUAACCAUCCUUCUAACAAUCCCUUUGUACUAUCCCACCGUUAGAGACUCCUCCACCAAGAAAUUAUCCGACACAUCGCCCGUGUACGACGACGACACCACCGACAAACCAAUCAAACCUUUCGAAACACCUCAUCCCGAAGAAAUAAUAUCCGAAAACAAUCCAACUAAUUGCUCGGUUGUCGCAGAAUGUAAUAAUAAUGAUCAACCGGCCGCGCCGACCGAGCACCAUCCGGUCCGAAAGAAGCAAGAGCGGGCCAAUAGAAAGAAAAGAGUGGGCCGUGCGCCAGCGGCCCACCAUAAAGAAAGGAACAAACACCGGCCCCUUGGGCCCAAUGACCGUGAGAUGGUGAGAUCGCAACUAUUGGACGAGGAGGAAUGUGAUUUGUUCUCCGGGGAGUGGGUCCCCAAUCCCGAGGGCCCGUAUUACACGAACGACACGUGUAACGCGAUACAGGAGCACCAGAACUGCUUGAAGUUCGGGCGGCCCGACAGGGAAUUCUUGAAAUGGAGAUGGAAGCCCGAUGAUUGCGAGCUGCCCGCUUUCGACCCGAACCGAUUCUUGGAGCUUGUCAGCGGCAAGUCGAUAGCUUUUGUGGGAGACUCCGACCUAUCAGGGCCCGUGGACCAAAACAAGCGGUACGAAUACCGCGACCACGACUUCAACAUCUCCAUGUUCUGGGCUCCUUACCUCGUACGCACCGAAAAAAUCGACCCGAACGACGACAAGCGUCCCUUCAAGCUCUUUCUCGACGAGUUCGACACCCACUGGACUUCCAGCCUCUCCCCCUUCGACUACCUCAUAAUCUCGGCCGGCCACUGGUUCUUCCGCCCCACCUACUUCUACCUCGACCGCCGCCUCGUCGGCUGCCUCUACUGCCCGGAGACUAACAUCACCCGCCACACGACUGCCUACUUUAGCUACCGCCGAGCCUUCCGCACCGCCCUCCGUGCCGUCACCUCAGACUUCCGCGGGGUAGCGUUCCUCCGCACGUUCGCCCCGUCGCACUUCGAGGGGGCUGCCUGGGAUAAGGGCGGGGAUUGCCCGCGGACGAGGCCGUAUGGGCGGGACGAGGCUAGACUGGUGGACUACAGCCUGGAGAUGUACUUGAUACAGCUGGAGGAGCUGAAGAUAGCACAAAGGGGGAGGCGCAAUAAGUUUCGGUUGUUUGACGCGAGUCGGGCGAUGGUGCUGAGGCCGGAUGGGCACCCGAGCAGGUACGGACACGUGCAGGGGAGUAAUCAGUCGUUUGCGAAUGAUUGUGUGCACUGGUGCCUACCGGGGCCCAUUGACGCGUGGAAUGAUUUUUUGCAGGAGUUGUUGAGUAGAGAAAUAGGAGGGGAGAGGAGGUGA